GCACUUCUCUAUAUUAACUAGACGUUUUUGACUUUUCCUUGCCAGUGAAAGAAAAAAAUCUUAUAUUUGACGGAAGUUUAUAGAUUUAUAAUAUUUUAGUUUUUGCAUUUUCUACUGAUUUUACAACCGUACUCAAUUGAAACAUAGAAAAAUUAAAUUGUGAAAGUUACCACGUCAACAUACGCGAUUGAAUUAUCAAUUUGCAGCGAUUUGUGACUUGAAUUGAGAAGAAAAAGUAAUAUGUGCAUUUUGAAGAAUGCCGAUUCAGGCGCCUUCAUGGACAGAUUUCCUCUUCUGUCCCAUUUGCUGCAAUGAGUUCGCUGUUAAUCAACGUCUACCAAUAAGUCUGGGAUGUGGUCACACCAUAUGUCGCCAGUGUCUAUCGACCUUACACAAUCGACAAUGUCCUUUCGAUCAAACUUCCAUCACAACCGAUGUCGACAAUCUGCCCAUAAACAACGCUCUACUUCAGUUGGUUAGCACUAACACAAGUACCAACAAUAACAACAAUGCUGGAAAUGCUAGCGACAACCGAAAUAGCAAUGGCGGCAAUGAAGGUGCCUCAGGGAGUGACGGCGAAGCGAACACAACCACCAGACAUACACCACCUAGUGUACGUCAGUUAAGCCCUGAAGAUUUAAAAUGCUACAAUCUGGCGAACAAAUGUAUAGAAAGUCUGGCACUCUAUCUAAAAUCUCUUGUUACUAAUAAUGGAAAUUUCGGGAGUCCCCUGUCGCGUCCGAUGCAACGUAAACUUGUAUCUUUAGUCAAUACUCAGUUGAUGGAACGCGAAGGACGAGAACGUGUUUUACGUGCUGCUCGUUCAUUGGGAGAGCGUACUGUCACCGAAUUAAUUCUGCAACAUCAAAAUCCCUUGCAGCUGAGUUCAAACCUGUGGGCAGCGGUACGCUCACGUGGUUGCCAAUUUUUGGGCCCAGCAAUGCAGGAGGAAGUUUUGAAGCUGGUUUUGAAGGCCCUUGAAGACGGUACAGCAUAUUCUCGUAAAGUGUUGGUAAUGUAUGUGGUACAAAGGCUAGAACCACGAUUUCCGCAAGCCUCGAAAACCAGUAUUGGUCAUGUUGUACAACUAUUAUAUCGAGCCAGCUGCUUUAAAGUUUCUAAGCGGGAAGCAGACUCGUCACUCAUGCAAUUGAAAGAAGAGUUUCGCACUUACGAUGCCCUACGGCGCGAACAUGAUGCACAAAUCGUACAAAUAGCCACUGAAGCCGGUCUCCGCAUAGCGCCAGAUCAAUGGUCUUCCCUACUUUACGGCGAUACAGUGCAUAAGUCACAUAUGCAAAGCAUUAUUGACAAACUACAAACGCCGUCCUCAUUUGCGCAAUCCGUACAAGAACUGGUUAUAGCCCUACAACGCACUGGCGAUCCGGCUAAUUUGUCAGGCCUACGAAUUCAUCUAAAACAUUUAGCCGGUAUUGAUCCGUCGUUAGAAAGUCCGCCGUCAUCUUGGCAAGACGUAGCUAAAGCAUUAGAAUCUGUGCAUGAAGUGGUGGUGGGACUAGUGGAAUUCGUACAACAUCAUGGCAAUAGGAAGCUGCAAGAAUGCACAACGGGUCAGCCGAGUACGAAUACUAAGUAUAAAAUAAGUUUGUGUCGGGAUUUGACUGUGAGACGAAAUUGCCCACGUGGUUCUAGUUGUACUUUUGCACAUUCUGAAGAAGAAUUGGAAAAAUAUCGUGCAAAGAAUCGUAAAAAUACGAAGCCAGGUAUCAGCGUUCCACAUUCUGGUGUAGGUCCACUUACUGCUGGAAGUUCAAAUAGUGCAAACAAUGGAAAAAAUGAUUUUUCAACCCAUACUCAUCCACAUAACCACGGCCACAAUCAUCACAAUCCCCAUGCUAUGGUAAUGCUGCAUCCCGGAAAUGACAAUUCUGCGCCAGCUUCAACGGCUACAUCGCCAUUAAGAUUCGACGGUCUACAAUCUAUGCAUAACAAAUUACCUCGCAGCAGUUAUGGCGAUGCUUCAUCAUCAUUACAAACGCAUGGUCCACCUGGUGCACCACAUCACAUGCGUUCGUUGCAUCAUAGUCCGAUUCCUCCUAAUAGUGCGCAAGCCGUGUCUGCACCCCCCACUGCACAUCGUUAUGAUGCCUCUACUUUUGGCUCAACAUUAAAUUAUCCCAUAUCGACAACUGGAGUACCACCACGUAUGCCUCAGGGUUUGUCCAACAUCAAUAGCUCACCAAUAGCAAUGCGAACUUCUAGUGGCGCUAUGAUUUCAUCAAGAUCUUUUCCAAAUACAUUGCAACCUCCGACAACACAUACUCAUCAUCCUCCCUUACCUCCGAAUAUAACGACCACUAACCCACCGAUAUAUCAUAACAAUAAAAAUGUGACCACAUCUCUAAGCAGUCCGCUUUCCGCUAAUAAGGGAAUCUACAAUGCAUUACCUUCAGAAUUCUACAAUACACCGAUCAUGGGUACGAACACACGUUCAUCCUCUUUGUUCAGCAACAACCAACCAACUGCUGCUGGAGUCGGCGGAAACAGUGGAGGUAUAAAUGGAAAGAAUAACGUAGAUUUAAAGGGCAAUAUAGUGCUAACGGAUAAAUUGAGAUUAGCCCAAAUUGGCAUGUGGGAUCAGCAGCAUCAUCAGCAUAUUGUGAAUGCCUCAACUGCCGGCGAAAUAUUAAGUGGUGCCAGCGGGAUUGGGGGUUCGCCGGCGCAUCAGUCGACAUCAAUGUACCCAUCCAGUGAUACAGUGUCUAUAUUUGGUAAGAAAGUCAACAAUGUCAACAUGAAUCUGAAUAAGACACUAAAUGGUCUUGCAAUCGGUGAUCAGUAUAUGUUCAAGAAUGAUUAUGCAGCAUCAUUGACUGGUGGUAUGACAAACAGCAAAGAUAGUUUGAUUUGUAAUGAUUUACCACCUCAACGAUCUUUCUGGAAUGCGCAUAAUAGCAAUAUGAUGAGCGGAGGUAACUUUGCCGAUAGUACACAGGAGCGCAACACAAUUGCACACAACAUGAGUUUAAAUGCAUCACCUGGACCAUUUCGUGACCGCGAUAGUUUCGUGCGUUCCGAUUCUAUAUUGGAUGACGAUGCUGCUACCUUUGAAGUGCCUGCCACAUCAGCAGGCAUGGGCAGUAAAUUCGGUCCGAUCUGUCCCAUGUACAAAGGGCAUAGUAGCACGGCGACCGAUGUUUCACACACGAAUACAUAUCUUGAUAGCUGGAGUAGUGGCGAUAUUCGAAAUCAGUCGACAAACAAGGAACACCCAUUGUUGGAACGAAACACUUCUGGUGACAUCAACUACUCGGUAUUUCCAAAUGAUACCGAGAACAGUCUGGCAUUGCAAAUUCGACAACAAUUGCAGCGCUCUGCAAAUGGCCAGCAGCAGUUGCAGCAACGUAUACUCCAAAAUCAGCAACAACAACAACAAACGCAAAGACCAUCGGCAUUUGAUAACUUCAAUAGCAUGCAAAACACGUUGCUUACGGACUUGACAUUCAAUCACAGUGGCUUAGAAAGAGAUCGCACUUGCGCAGGCGAGGACCGCGCUAAUUUUGACUUGGGUUAUAAUGCGUUGCAAAAUAUGCUGGCCAGUGCAGAUGGUAAUGCUAAUAUGGACAUGAAUAAGGGUUCCUCAAUGUGGAGCGGUGGCCUAAAAUCGGCGGAUGCAACUUUCUGGAAUGAUUCGCUAACCAAUGCGGCUGCAAAAACAAAGGAAUUGCAGUUACAACGGCAACAGCAACAGCAACAAUAUCAACAACUGCUGAACAAGGGUCGAAACAGUGAGGAAGGCAGCAUUGAUAGUAGUCGAAUGAGAGAUAUUGAGCAGGAACUUUCGGAAAUCGUGGACAAAAGUUGGUCAAAUGCCGAUGACAGUGGUAUUAAGUUGCAGUAAAACUAAAGCUAUUUCAGGUAAGAUAGCAACACAUUACGUAAGCAGUGUAUUAACCGACGAAACAAUGAAACCGGAACAACUGCAGCAAAUGGAGGCUCUUUGAAAAAAAUAAUGCAUGAAUGUGAUCAUAAAUUGUUUCCAUAAUUUACACGCAAUAAUUUUGCAAACUAAACAACGUGGAUAAUAAUCAUCGGUCGAAUAUUACUGAGCUGAGCAACUUUAAACAUUCACAGACACACAACCUUUUCAACGAAGGUUUAUAGUAACGAAAAUACUAGAUUUUAGAUACUAAUAUGUGUUUGUAAAAAUAAAACUCUCCCAAUCGGGUGAGCUAGAAACAUUUAACACAAGUUGAGAGGAUCAAAUAACUCACUGCUGAUGUCACGACAUUGUAAAUGUAUUUCAUUUUUAGCGAAUUUCUUGCGUUGGAAACUUUCUGUGUUCUGUAUAGUUUAGAAAAGUAGAUAGAAAAGUGCUCGUUGUCGAUGUAUUUGCAACAAUUGCAACAUUUCGAUGUGAGCCAACUUGUGUAUAUCGUGUAGAAAACGUGUAUAGAAAGUGAUGCGCGAAAAACGACUAAUUAUUAAUUGUAAAUGUAAAAUUUUUUGUAUUAGAUAUUCUUACGAUCGAUUAUGAAAAUGAAUAGCGAUACUAACAAUUCUGAUGACGUGAUCAAUAUGAAACUAUAUUUUAUAGACAUUUAAUGAGAACAAACUCAAAAAUAAUGUAAUAUUUUUGUAUAAAUGCAAUCACUAAUCGCAUGAUGUCGCUUUUUUGUAGCCACACUACUCUACUCUUCUUUUUACACAAACAUACAUACAUACAUAAAUGAGAUGCCCAUCAGGAAGUAUAUAAAUAAAUAAAUUAUAAAUAUUUUAUGCGACAAUGUGUUAGUGCUUAGCCCACUGCUUUUACUUCUGACUGACAUAGAAAACGUCACUAUUAACUAAAAUAAAAAUAUACAGAGCAGCGUCUUCGCUGAAAGAAACCUAUUUCCCGCUGGGCAAAUUUACAUACACAUAAAACACAAUAUUAUAACAAAGAAUACAUAUUUAAUAUAAUUAAAUUUAAAAUUAUUAUAUACAAGCAUAUAUCUACUAUAUAUUAUAUAUUUCUUAAAGAAAUUUAAAUUACGCUAUUGUGCGAUGUAAGCUGAGAUCAUAAUAUGACAAUGAUAAUUUUUUGAUGAAAUUGAUGUUUUUAAAUAAUUACCUUUUUGUCUGAUAAACUGAUAAAUAUGAUUAUGAAAUAGAAAAUUUAUACAUAACAAAUUUAUAAAACAAACGAAAAAUAAUAAAAAUAUAUAUGUAUAUAUAAACUGAUUAUAUAUGUAUAUGUACUACUGUAUAUGAUAAAUAUCGACAAACGCAUGAACACAAAACGAUGUUGUUUGUUUUUUACACAUUGCUUUUAUCAUACCUUAAUAGUACUAUGCGUUCAGAAUUCUGUUCUAUUGCUAGUUCGAUUAUGAUUCUGAUUCUAAUUGUAUUUGUAAUUGUUACCUAUUCGUAGGCGUUUAAAAAUUGCUCCUAUUUAUUAUUAUAAAUAUGUAUGUAGAAAAUGAAAGAACUAUGUAGUUGUAAUAUAACUCAAAUUAAUUAUAAAUAACAUGAGCAUAAAUACAAUUUUCUUGCUACAAUGCAAGCUCUUGCUCUUGCGGGUCGGAUUGAAGCAUUCAAAAAGUUCAUGUAUUUGUGUAUACACAUUUAAUAUUAUAUAUUAAAAGUCGUGUGAAAAUCACUCAAAAAUAUAUUGAUUGAUUAAAUUUUUAACUAAUGUUAUUGACCAUGUUAAGAGAUACUGAUCAUUGUUACUAUUUCUAAAAAUUAAUCAAUAUGUAGUUAGUUCAAAGUUGAUGUGGUUAUUGUGGUCUUCUAAUAGCCGAUUGAUAGAAAUUACAAUGUGAUGCAAGUUUACAACUUACAAAGGGUCCAAAUGUUUAAAUCGAUUUAGUUCUGUAAUUUUUUCAUUCUAGGUUUAAUAUUUUAAUUUACUUUUCAACUAAAACAACUUAACACCAAACAAUAUGGUUUAUUUUUUUAUGAUUAAUGGACCAAUUUCAAUUCGCAAACAUUUUUUUAUGAAUUAUUUAUGUAACUGCUUGAGAUUUUCGCUUAAUUGCACUAUGUAGACAUUAAUGGUUUUUUAGGUUAGAAAACUGUAAAUUCAAAACAGAAAAUAUUUUACUCCACUUCAUAGUAGUACUUGUAGAGUGCUUCAUUAUCAACUCAAUUAUGUAUGUACAUUUGUGUGUUAAAUUCAACUUUUUUGUUUUGUUUUUGAAAAUUUUAAAUAUUGAUGUCCUUACUCGGGAAUAUGUUUACAGCAAUGCAUACUCUGUUAUCACUAUGUACUAUAUAAUAAAUGGCGAAAUACAUAUUAUUUUGAUUUUAACUUUAUUUCAAAAUGAAAAGUAAAAAAUCUGUAGUGCAGCAGCUGCAAAUGUGCAUACAUAUAAACAUUAUUAUGAUUUACAAAGUUGCCUGAAUAUAUUUAUCCUCUCCUAGUUAUUUAUGUAGUAUAUCGUGUGUUGAGUUCAACAUAAAAGUGUCAAUAUCAACUUUGAAACUAAUCAUUCAACUGAGUUAUCCUUAUAUUAGCGAACAGCUGCAUGAAAUCUGCAUAUGCAUAAAUUCUUAAAUGUAUAUAUGUGCGCCACUUAUUGCUAAUAAUAAUACUUUGUACAUAAUAUAAAAAUUGAAAAUUUAUGUUUAUUCAAUAGUGCAACAACAAUAUACGAAAAAUUAAUUAUUACAAAAUUGAAACUAAUACAUGUGACAUUUCAAAAUAGUUUAUUUGUUUUUCGAUAUAUUUAAUUUAUUUAAUUUUUUUUUAUAAAAAACCAACUAAAAGUGUAUUGUGAAUGUAGUAUUUAAUAUAAUAUAUAUUUUAGUAUAUUAUAAUAAAAUAAUGCAAAUUAAAGAAAUGAGUGCAAACAAAUAAGUGAAUUUAGUGGUGAAAACCACUAAUGCUAACGCAUAUUGCUUCCUAAAUGGUCGGUAGUAGUGCUAUUGACUAAUUUAAUGAAACUGAUAUUCAUGAGUUUUGUGCAUACAUUUGUAUAUGUACAAUAAACAUAAACACCAAGAUAAAAUUGAAAUCAAAGCACUAGAAAUUCAAGUUUUAUUCCACAGGCUGUUUUAUCGCACAAUGUGCUGCCGUAUGCGUAUUUUUACACAUAACCUAAGAUAUAAAUUAAAAAACAAAGUGAAAGUUUACUUAUUUUUUUACUUACACCGAAGUAUACUAAAACACCUACAGCUCUUUGUGCAUGACCAACAUUUUAUUUAAACUGUACUUUAAUCAUGUAAAUCUAAAAUAAUAUGUAAUAGAAUCCAUCACAUCAGCACAUAACCUUUAGUAUUUUUUUUUAUUAAAAAAUAAUAGUCAACUUUAGUAUACUGUAAAAACAAUAUUUUUUGUACUUAAUAUGAAUAAACACAUUUUUUAACAUUUAAAGUAGUAAAAAAUAUUUUCUAUAUUUUAUAGCAACUUUUUAAACAUAAUCAUACAAUUUUAAAAUUUUAAGUUUGCAUGCUUUUAUUUUACAUUUUUUAUUUUUGUUUUUGUUUUUUGUGUUUCUGCGUACGGAGCACGUGCAGUGUGGUGUAGUUAUAACUUAAACCCAAUGGGUUCAUAAAGAAAUAAAAAAAGUAAAUAUGAUUUAAAGCAUUAAACACUUAACUUAUUGUUUUAAAUAUACAAUGAAACAAAAAACA